AUGUCUACUACGGUUGGUCUUGUAAAGAAUGUCUCCCAUUGUUUAGGAGCCAUCAACCUAAAUACAACGUCUACUCUUCAAGGAUUGUCGAAGGAUAUCGGGAAGCUAGAGUCCUUUGCUCUCCUUGUGUUUUUCGGUGUGUUCUUUGUUGUCCUUGCUGUGGCCUUUAACUUCAUCAGGAAGAACAUAUACCAUGACAAGAACUCACUGGACGUCGCAUUUGACGCAGGAGGUAAGGUCAACAUCGGUUUGACGUCAACAACCAUUGUCUCCCAGUGGACUUGGGCGGCCACACUGUUGCAAUCAUCUACGGUCGCCAGUAAGUAUGGCAUCAGCGGUCCAUUCUGGUACGCGGCUGGAGCCGCAAUACAAAUUCUUCUGUUCGCCAUGAUAUCCGUCCAACUGAAAAUAAAAGCGCCAGGUGCCAAAACUUUCCUCCAAGUGAUCAAGGCCCGGUUCGGCUCCCGUACACACAAAACCUUCUGUGUCUUUGCCCUGAUGACAAACAUUAUCGUUACCGCAAUGCUGAUGUUAGGUGGGGCUGCUGUACUGACGAGCCUUAUUCAGGACAUCUCCGUGGAGUACGCCACCGUGUUGAUCGCCGCAGUCAUCGGAGCGUACACGCUGAUUGGUGGACUCGGUGCAACAGUGUAUGUGUCCUAUUUCAAUACAUCCAUCAUCUACAUCAUCAUGGUCAUCUUCAUCAUGAAGAUCUACAACGAUCCCGACUCUCCCGACAACCCACUUGGGACAAUAGACAAAGUGUACACACUUCUUAACUGUACGGAGGGACCAAGCGAAAACACCGGGCACAGCUACCUGACCAUACUCUCCAAACCGGGGCUUAUGUUUGGUUUGAUCAAUAUUGUAGGGAAUUUUGGAACAGUAUUUGUUGACCAGUCUUACUGGCAGUGUAGCGUAGCAGCCAAACCUAAGGAGGGUGUGAUAGGGUUCCUAGUCGGAGGUAUAUGCUGGUUUGCCAUUCCCUUCGCUCUAGCAACUACCACGGGACUAGCGUACAUCGCCCUCGGAACCACCCAGAAUGGCCCUUUACUGACUGCUGACGAAGUAGACGCUGGACUGGUACCGCCGGCCGUCGCGCAGAGGCUUCUUGGAAGGAGCGGAGAGUUUCUCAUCAUCGUCAUGAUCAUCAUGGCAGUGACGUCGACUGGGUCAGCAGAGGUCAUUGCUGCAACAUCAAUUCUUGUCUACGACAUAUAUCAGCUAUAUCUGAAGCCUUACCGCCUGGUGCUGGAUUCAAACAGCUGUCUACUUUGUGGAAAGGCGCGAGGCCGGAUGGCAAACCCACGUGAUAAAUGCACAUGUGAAAGUAUGCUGUACUGUUACACGUGCAAAGAAGACGAUAAACAGCGCGAAAACUGGAAGCGCGCCAUCAAGCCGCCAUACUCAUGUGGAGUGCAUGGAAAGUAUCGGGAAUAUACGGACUACCUCUCCACUCUCAAAAACUGGUGUCUUCUCUGGUCCACCAUAUCCAUCCUCCCGCUUACAAUCUUCCUCGACCUCUCUGGGGUGAGUUUGGCUUGGGUUUACAUGUUUAUGGGGAUCCUCAUUGGCUCAGCGGUUGUCCCGAUUGCUCUUAGCGUAUCAUGGGAUCGACUCACAGGCGAGGCUAUGAUGGCUGGCAGUAUUUCCGGCAUGGUUCUUGCUGUCAUCGUCUGGCUUUCCGUCGCUUCCACGUACAAGGGGGGCCUGAGUCUCUUUCUUGAAAACACAGGCCGCGAGAUGCCACUUCUCUGCGGAAACGUAGUAGCCAUCUCGUCUGGAGGAAUUAUCACAGUCGUUACCAGUUUUGUACAGUCCUGGAAGUUCGGCUCCCUGCCACGGGAGGAGAUAUGGGAACGAUGCCGUGACAUUGAUAGCCCCCUCAGUCCAUGGACACAGCUUUACGAGAAAGAUUUGAACAUAACUGGAGCUCACCAUCUUGACAGCCGACCUGCACUGAGCGAAGUUGAACGUACCUUCCGGAGUUCUAAAAUACUGGCCUAUGCCGGAGGAAUUAUAGGCUCUAUCUUACUUAUCGUGGUGUGGCCCUUAUCCCUUAUACCUGUAGGCGUCAUGGACAGAUCGGACUUUCAUCAUUGGGUCAUGCUGGCUAUUGUGUGGGCACUCGGGGCAACCAUUUUCAUGAUUAUAUACCCACUAGUGACUGAAGCAUGGGACAUCCAUCAGGCAUUCAAGGAGAGAGCCCAAGUCAACCCUGAUAUGUGGACCAAACCACCACAGCAAAAAGGAAGCAAGCCAACAAAUGUCGGAAAAGGACCAAAGAAAUAUAACUCUCAGCCAACUCAGCAGUUACCAUGUGUAAGUAAGGAGGGUGAAGAUUCUAAUGAUGACCGUCAGUGCGAGGAAGGAUACACAGAUCCAAAUAUGAUAGACCACAUCACAGAGGCCAGGGAUUCGACAACUAAAUCGGUUUCAUUAUCACAUUUAAACGCCCCCAACCACAUAUGACGUCACUGAAGAUAUAUACAAACCAAAUGUCAUAAUCAAAUCGACCGAAAAAGAAAGGUACCUGUGUAAAAGGUGUGCUUUGAUUAAAUUGACUUAUCUUUAUCACUUUUCCUCGACCUACAUCACUUCAGUAAUAAUGAAAAGAUCAGGUUAUCCCACUUUCCAACAAAUAUAGAGAAGGUGUCCAGAUAAGGCCCAAACGUUUUCUCUAUUUUAAAAAAAU